AUGAAUAAAGAAACAUCCAAAUUGUUGUGGAUUAAAUGUGCACUCCUCGCGCUAGACUUCGUUUUUUGGCUUUCAGGUGUUGUAUUGAUAUGUGUUGGUGGGUCUGUGGAGCUUGAAUUCGUGGAUGUGGCUGUGGUGGUCAGAGAGGUUACUUCUCAUGCGGCUGUGGUACUUGCGAUUAUUGGGGGCAUCGUGUUCUUUCUGUCGCUCAUCGGCUGCAUUGCUGUUAUAGGAGAGAAUAAUUCAAUGAUCAAAGGGUUUACGGUUAUCAUGUGCAUCGUCUUCACUGUGGAGAUAGGGGUUGGAUUAUUUGCCUACUUUCAUAGAGGAGCAGUCCACAGCAAUAUGGUGAAUUUGUAUAUGAAAACCCUCCGGAGAUAUUCCACGGAGCGUCGGAUACAAAUAUCGGUGGACAGAUUGCAGAAAGAGUUUGAGUGUUGUGGUGCCAUGGAUUACACAGACUGGUUCAAUGCCACAGUUGGAAAAGCUGUCCCAGACAGUUGCUGCAUCAAAGAGAAACCACAAUGUGGGUCUGCCGUCCAGAGCCAUGCCAAAGAUAACAUUCAUCUUCAGGCUUUUUCUUAUGAAGUAACUCUAGUCAAGUUUUAUGCAGACUUCACUGACUGA